AUGGCGUCGCAAGAGGUCAACGCUGCAACAAGAAGAGGCCGUGAUAGCAAGGCAGUGAUAGCAAUAAAGGCACAGCUUCUGCGGGAGACAGCUUGUCCGGGGCCUAAGCCGAAACAUGGAUCUGGUGGUGCCAAAGCCAAGUCUCGGAAGCACGGCCAGGAUGUCUCGUCUCGGUUGGACGUUCGCGCAAAAGAUGGGAUUAUGAUGGAGGAGAGGGAAGAAGAGAACAAGAACGCCGCGGGGUGGAUGGCGAAGGAGUCCCAGCCGGGGCCGUGUGACACGAGCCAGCCGCACCUUUGGCAUACUGGACACAUGUACCCGCGAUUAGAGUUUCACACCAUACCUCCCACAAGGCGAAAGGCGGCAGACUUGAUGCUGGCUCCGGACGAGGCAACGUGCUUCUGGGAUGUGGCGGGCUGGGCUGGAUGCGGCGAGGCGGAGCUGGUGCCCAUCGGGCGCGGACGCAAUACUGGAAGAGAAUAG